AUGGGCUGCAUUUGCUCAAAAGGGUCGGCGCCAGAUGAUGAUGUAACUGCGGAUGAAAGACAGAAAGAGUUGAAUAUUGCUUCCGUGCAAUUGACUGCACCCGCCCCUUCAUUGAAAGAUGAGUUUAUAGUGAGAAAAAGUGCGGUGAAAGAGGAUUCUAUAGUGAGGAGAUUGAGGGAGGAUUCUCAAGUAAGAAAAUCCGGUCCUGCUCCGGGUCCUGGUGGUGUAGGGAAUGCAUCAGGGCGGCCGUCGUUUAGGAGUGGUGGUGGUGGGGGAGGAGGAGGAGGAAGAGCAGGGAAUGCAUCAGGACAGCUGUCGUUUAAGAUUGGUGGUGGUGGUGGAGGGAAUGCAUCAGCGAGGCCGUCGUUUAAGGCUAAUCCGAGUUCUGCGAGUGGUUUAUUGGAAGAUGCUGAGAAGAAGACAAUGAUUGUGGUUGUGGAGGGGCCAAAGAGAUCACGUCAUCAAAGAUGUGCUACAAUGGAUGUUGGAGUUGCCAUUGCAGGCAUUGAAGGACAAUCACAGUCACAGAUGUCGAGGAUGGUUGGCUCGCCGCUUGGUGCUGAAGGAGAGCAAGUUGCCGCUGGAUGGCCAUCAUGGUUAGCUUCAGUUGCAGGUGAAGCUAUAAAAGGGUGGGUGCCCCGGCGGGCAGACUCCUUUGAGAAGAUAGAAAAAAUUGGACAAGGAACUUAUAGCAGUGUAUACAAGGCCCGUGAUCUUGAAACUGGUAAAAUUGUUGCAUUGAAGAAGGUGCGGUUUGUCAACAUGGAUCCAGAAAGUGUUCGUUUUAUGGCCAGAGAAAUCUACAUUUUGCGUAAAGUUGAUCAUCCAAAUGUUAUGAAGCUUGAGGGUCUAGUCACUUCAAGAAUGUCAGGCAGCUUGUACCUAGUUUUUGAGUACAUGGAGCAUGACCUUGCCGGGCUUGCAACAACACCAGGCAUCAAGUUCACCGAAUCUCAGAUCAAGUGUUAUAUGCAACAGUUGCUUCGUGGACUUGAUCACUGCCAUAGUCGUGGUGUUUUGCACCGAGACAUAAAAGGUUCAAAUCUUUUGAUAAACAAUGAUGGAGUUCUCAAGAUUGGAGACUUUGGUCUGGCAACAUUAUUAGAACCUGAUCAAAAUCAACCAUUAACGAGUCGAGUUGUGACUUUGUGGUACCGGGCACCUGAGCUUUUGCUUGGUGCUACAGAGUACGGACCUGCUAUAGAUUUGUGGAGUGCUGGUUGCAUCCUUGCAGAAUUGUAUGCGGGAAAACCUAUUAUGCCUGGACGAACAGAGGUGGAGCAAAUGCAUAAGAUCUUUAAGCUCUGUGGUUCACCCUCUGAUGAGUACUGGCAGAAAAGAAAACAUGCUGAUGCAACUAGUUUCAAACCUCAACAGCCUUACAUGCGCCGCCUUCCUGAAACAUUCAGAAAUUUCCCUCGUUCAGCAUUGUCUCUGGUUGAUAAACUCCUUUCGAUGGAACCUGAAGAUCGGAGAUCAGCUGCUUCAGCACUAAAGAGUGAGUUCUUCACGACAGAACCACUCCCUUGUGAUCCAUCAAAUAUGCCAAAAUAUCCACCAAGCAAGGAACUUGAUGCAAGGCGUCGUGACGAGGAAGAAAGAAGGCAAAGGGCAGAUGCUGUAAAAAGACGUGGACCUGAAUCCGUUAGACAGAUGUCAAGAGAUUUGCGUACACCAGAAUUCAUUGCUCAAGGACAGUCAAAAACCACAAGCAUCAGCCACAAGUACAAUUCACAGGAUGAUGCUGGGGCUGGCUUUCCAAUUGACCCACCCAGGGGACAUAUGCAGAAGGGCUACUAUAAGACUAGCUCAGUCGUUCACCCUAGCGCCAUUUGGAAUAAGAACGCUUCUAACAGAAUAGGUACAGAAUUGAGGGCACAGAGAUCUCAACAUCCUCAGGAAGAUGCUUCGCUUAGAAGUAAUGAUAGAAUUUUCACCAAAGAACCUGGAACGGGGUAUGUGCCAAAGAAAAACAGAAUUCAUUACUCUGGACCGUUGAUGCCUCCUGGAGGAAACAUGGAUGACUUACUAAGAGAGCACGAGAGACAAAUCCAACAGGCUGUUCGUAAAGCUCGUCUUGAGAAGUCUGGAACCAACAAAAACAAUGAGGUUCGCGGUCAGACAUACAAUUGCGGAAGAUAUGCCAAGUAA